CUCGAUCAAAAUCAUUAUACAGUACAUUGAGCGAUCAAAUCUCGUGUCCUUUUUUGUCGAAAUGGGGAAGCUAAUGACUUCCAAGUAUGUUGGAGCCGUCCUUGUUGUGAUGCUGGCAUUGGGUCUCGGUCUAGCGCAAUGCCGCAGGCUGGGAGAGGAAGAGAUUGAAACGAUUGGCGGCGGAACUGGCGGUGGUGGAGGUUUCGGGGGUGGCAAAGGUGGAGGAGUUGGAGUCGGUGGUGGCGGCGGCGCUGGAGGUGGUGGAGGGUUUGGAGGAGGAAUUGGGGGCGGCGGCGGUGCUGGAGGUGGUUUUGGAGGCGGCAAAGGCGGAGGUAUUGGUGGUGGUGAAGGAGGUGGCAAAGGUGGUGGUGCUGGAGGCGGUAAAGGAGGUGGUGGGGGGAAUGGUGGAGGAGUUGGCGGCGGUGAGGGCGGAGGAUUCGGUGGAGGAAAGGGUGGUGGCAUUGGGGGAGGUAACGGCGGCGGAAUAGGAGGAGGUGCUGGUGGGGGCGCCGGUGGUGGCUUUGGAGGAGGAAAAGGUGGCGGCAUUGGAGGAGGCAGAGGUGGAGGAGUAGGAGGCGGUGCAGGUGGAGGCUCUGGAGGUGGAAUUGGUGGCGGCAAUGGAGGUGGUCAUGAAGGCGGAGGUGGAAUUGGUGGUGGGAAAGGUGGUGGAGUUGGCGGCGGUGAAGGUGGGGGCGUUGGUGGCGGUGCUGGAGGUGGCAAAGGUGGCGGGUUCGGAGGCGGUGGAGGAAUCGGAGGUGGUGCCAGUGGUGGAGCGGGAGCUGGCGGUGGCUUUGGAGGAGGAGCGGGAGGGGGAGCUGGUGGCGGCGCCGGAGGUGGAGCUGGCGCUGGUGGAGGAUUCGGAGGAGGAGCUGGCGGUGGCGCUGGAGGCGGAGCUGGCGGUGGUGGAGGAUUCGGCGGCGGCCGUGGUGGCGGAGGGAUCGGGGAAGGUUUUUAAGUAGAUAAACCGUUCAAACGAGCUAUGUAUGUACUAUGUAGAACUCUGGAAUAUGCAUGGGAGUUGAAGCUAGUGAGCUAGCUGUACUUGUUACCAAAUGAAUCCCAUUAAAUAAAAUGCAGAAGUUUUUAUCAAUUAACUCGGAGAUAAUUUGGAAAA